AUGAAUUUAAAUCCUUUAAUAUUAACAAAUAUACAAUCUUCUUAUUAUUUUAAAGUAAAUUUAUAUGAAUUAAAAACAUAUCGAGAAGUUAUAGAUGAAAUUUUUUAUAAAGUAAAUCAUCUUGAACCAUGGGAAAAAGGAAGUAGGAAAACUGCAGGGCAAACAGGCAUGUGUGGAGGAGUAAGAGGAGUUGGAGCUGGGGGUAUUGUUUCAACAGCUUAUUGUCUACUUUACAAAUUGUUUACUCUACACUUAACAAGAAAACAACUUAACGGAUUAAUUAACCAUAGAGAUUCGCCUUAUAUUCGAGCUUUGGGCUUUAUGUACAUAAGAUAUACUCAACCUCCUGCUGAUUUGUAUGAUUGGUUUGAAAAUUAUCUCGAGGAUGCAGAGGAAAUGGAUGUAAAAGCUGGCGGCGGUCAAAUAAUGACCAUCGGUGAUAUGCUUCGCCAUUUUCUAACCAAAUUAGAAUGGUUUUCAACAUUAUUUCCUAGAAUCCCCGUGCCCAUACAACAAAAAAUAGAAAGAAAAAUAAAUGAAAGAUUUCCACCGCACGCUCAAAAUCGUCAAAAAAAUCAAGGAUUUGAUUCAAAUCACGAAGCCAGGCACAUUCCCGAUGACGAAGUUUCCUUUGGCGAAGCUGAAAAAUAUUCAAGAAGUGGCUUAAUGGGACGAAGCAACGAUCGACGUGGUGAUCGUUACAAUCGUGGUGGUGGUGGUGGCGGCGGAGGUCAAAGUUACCGGGAUCGUAGUCCGGGAAGAAACGAUCGGUAUAGGGAAAGAGAAAGGAGUAGUAGAUAUGAUGAUAGAAGAGAUCGUGAUAGGGGAAGAGACAGAGAUAGAGAUCGUGAUAAAAAGUAUAGUAGACACGGUAGAGAUAGAGAUAGUAGGAGAGAUUAUGCUGAUGAAUUAGCUAGAGAAAAAGAAAGGCAAAGAAAUGAAAAAGAUAGAAAUUACACGAGCUCAAGGUAA